AUAUGGAUAAAAUGGGCGGACAGUUGGAGCCACACGCCCCUCCACAACCCCAGGGCCAGUACGACCCGCCACCCCCUUACAAUAUGAACCUGGAGGCCAACGCACCGGUAGCACCAGCCAUGGCACCGGUACAUCCACCACAACCAGUGACGGUAGUGAUCGAUACGGGAAAGUUUGGUCCCUAUCCUAAGGCCAUGAAGUGCUACCACUGCGGCCAACAGGUCAUGACAGUGACCAACAAAAAGGCCGGUACUAUCACGUGGGCCCUGUGCUCACUGCUAUGUCUCGUCGGGUGCUUCUGUGGAUGUUGCCUGAUACCAUUUUGCGCCAAUCCCACCCAGGACAUCAUGCAUAACUGUCCCAAUUGCAAACAAUUUUUGGGCGCUUAUGAACGUGUCAAGCUUAGACGACGCUAAAUAUGACCAGGCUCACACAAACAUAUCAACCAUAUUUUUGAUUACCUAUUUGAUUGCCAUU